GAAAUUUAAGGGGUUUCUUGUUCGUCAAGAGAAGACUCACUACCACUCCCACCGUUCAGUUGGCCAGCCCGAUCCCUUCCUUCACUCGAUCUGAUCCUUGAAUCGGUUGUCGAACAGAUCUAGACGGAUUUUCUCCAUCGAUUCGCUUUGCUUGCUGAAACCAACGCGGAGAGCAGUCGAAAUGGCAUCCCCGACUCCCCAGUCUGCCCAACAGCAAGCCAAUAAUACGGUUUAUCCUCGAAGCCAUGUCGGUUUCGACAGCAUCACUUCGCAGAUCGAGCGGAAGCUGCUGAAGCGUGGCUUUCAGUUCAACGUCAUGUGUGUUGGUCAAACCGGGCUCGGCAAAUCCACUCUAAUCAAUACCAUUUUUGCUUCGCACUUAAUUGAUUCCAAGGGCCGUUUGACACCAGAUGAGCCUGUGCGUUCCACGACGGAAAUCCAAACCGUCUCACACAUUAUUGAGGAAAAUGGUGUCCGCUUGCGAUUGAAUAUCGUUGAUACUCCCGGCUACGGUGACCAAGUUAAUAAUGAUCGCUGCUGGGAUCCGAUCGUCAAGUACAUCAAAGACCAACACUCCGCAUUCCUCCGAAAGGAACUCACUGCACAGAGAGAGCGCUAUAUUCAGGACACUCGAAUCCAUUGCUGUCUCUUCUUCAUCCAGCCUUCCGGACAUGCCCUGAAACCUAUUGACAUCGUUGUCCUCAAGAAACUUUCCGAUGUUGUUAAUGUUGUGCCGGUGAUCGCCAAGUCCGAUUCCCUGACUCUGGAGGAGCGUUCUGCGUUCAAGGAAAGAAUCAAGGAGGAGUUUGCCUUCCACAACCUCAAAAUGUAUCCAUAUGACAAUGAUGAGCUGGAUGAUGAAGAACGGGCUGUCAAUGCCCAGAUUAAAGACAUAAUUCCAUUCGCCGUUGUUGGAAGUGAGAAGUCAAUCAUUGUUAAUGGCAAACAAGUUCGUGGUCGCCAGAACCGUUGGGGUGUAAUCAAUGUCGAAGACGAGAGCCAUUGCGAAUUUGUCUACCUCCGCAAUUUCCUUACACGAACCCACCUUCAAGACUUAAUUGAGACCACAAGCCAGAUUCACUACGAAACUUUCCGCGCUAAGCAGCUGCUUGCAUUGAAAGAAAGCAGUGCUACCGGCCAUGGCAGUCGACCCAUAAGCCCUUCGGCGGACAGGGAGCUAAGCCGCAAUUCGCAAAGAAUGACGAUGAAUGGCUACUGAGGUGAACACCUCCAACUUCUUGCUGGCUAGGUCAUGUCGAGCCACUCGAUCUGCAUUGGCCGGAUAUGCGAAUACAAUACAAGCAAUUUCGUUCCUGCGAGCAAGCUAGUGCUACAUUUUCCAGAUAUCCUAUUGCAGUUGUUAUGGUUUCCUUUUCUAAUCAGUGAAUUAGUAUUUUUUUUUUCUCCACUGCUUGUUCGCAUCGCUUACAGGGAUAGAUUCGAGAUUGCAGGUCGUCCACAGAAGCAUGUCUUCUUACUUUGCUAAGUUCGGACUUGAUAUUUUGUUUAAUCUAUAACUCCUCCAGACCC